AUGGCAAGCUCUCAUACUCGCGAGGCACUCCUCGCACCGAUCUCACAGACUUUGGCUAGCAAGGAUAUCCCUGCUGUGCUCUGGGGCAACUUCCUCUUGACUGUCCAUGGCGUGCCGAGCAUCGUUAGUGAAGCCGACUUCGUCGUCCACGACUCUCUGCUACCUGCUGCUAUAGCAGCUCUCAUGCAUUCGCAGGAGCUGAAACUCACGCCAUGCCCCGAUCCCGCCAGCUGCUACAUCUCAAAAGCGGAUCGGCCCUCACCAGUUCCUGCGUUCCACGCCCACAGGCCUGACAGCAAUGUUCAUGUUGCACUCCACGUACAGUCAGCCACUCUUGGUGACGUCGUGUUGCCACUCAAGCUCGACCAGGGCGCGGACUUGCUCUCGUUGGGCUUGAUACCAGCCAGCCAUCCGUCUUUGCCGCCGCCCGAUGAGCUGGGAUUUGGUCAUGGAUCACUGCUACCCCAAGAUGAUGGAUCUCCAAGUCAAGUCUGGUUCGUGGCCACUGUCAUCUACUUUAUGGAGUAUGUGGCUCCUCAGGGUCACUUGGAGGUUGACAAGCUUUCACCGGCGUGCGGGACUUUCUGGAAGGAAAUCAACGACGAAGACAUUCGCUCGAGUGAUGCUAUCAAACAUCUCCGGGAGGGCCGGACUUGA